AAAAAAGAAGGAAAUUUAAAUAAAAAUAAAAAUAAAUAAUAGAGAGGGAGCAAUCGAGCGAGGCGUAUAGGGAGUUUUCGAGGGAGAAAGAAUCGCUUGAUUUAUAAGCCGUCAAUAUCGAAGCAAAGAGAGAGUCAUAUAUUCUUAUAUCUAUCGUUUGGAAGGGGAAAAAAGAAAAAAAAGUUUUCUUUCUUUGUUUGAAUAUAACAGAGAAAGAGCCACAGCAAUGGCUGACUCAAACGAUUCCAUUCCUCUCUAUGCUGAAAAGAUCUAUCUUGGUGGAAAGGAACAUCAUGUACGUACGCGCUGUGGUUCUGUGUCUGUUAUAGUAUAUGGUGACCAAGACAAGCCGGCACUAAUUACAUAUCCUGAUUUGGCGUUGAAUUAUAUGUCUUGUUUCAGAGGAUUGUUCUUUUGUCCAGAAGCAGCCUACUUGCUGAUGCCCAACUUCUGCAUUUACCAUAUCAGUCCUCCUGGACAUGAGUUGGGAGCUGCUCAAAUUUGUGAAACUACUUCUCCGCGUUCUGUUGAUGACUUGGCUGAUCAGAUCCUUGAGGUUCUUAACUUUUUCAGGCUAGGUGCCGUGAUGUGCAUGGGAGUAACAGCGGGUGCUUACAUUCUCACUCUAUUUGCCAUGAAAUAUAGAGAUCGUGUACUUGGUUUGAUACUCGUGUCCCCUCUUUGCCGAGCACCUUCUUGGACUGAAUGGUUCUAUAACAAGGUGAUGCUGAAUUUGUUGUACUUUUACGGAAUGUGCGGACUGCUUAAAGAGGUUUUGCUUCAACGUUACUUUAGCAAGGAAGUUCGUGGUACUGCUGAUGUUCCCGAGUCGGAUAUAAUCCAAGCCUGCCGAAGAUUGUUGGACAAGAGACAUGCCUCGAAUGUGAUGCGGUUUCUUCAAGCAAUUAACGGAAGACCCGAUCUUACCGGUGGGCUGAAGAGGCUAAGAUGCCGUACCUUAAUAUUUGUUGGGGACAGCUCACCGUUUCACUCCGAGGCCCUCUUCAUGACGUCCAAGUUCGAUAGAAGAUUUAGUGCCUUGGUUGAGGUCCAGGCUUGUGGAUCAAUGGUGACCGAAGAACAGCCACAUGUAAUGCUGAUACCUAUGGAAUACUUCUUCAUGCGAUAUGGAUUGUAUAGGCCAUGCCAUCUAAGUGGUAGCCCGAGGAGCCCAUUAACUGCAUCUUGCAUCUCACCGGAGCUUCUCUCGCCUGAAAGCAUGGGGUUGAAUCUAAAACCGAUAAAGACACGUGUAUCGCUCGAAGUUUGACAGUGUGGGGUCGAGAAAGAUGGGAUUCCAUGUAUUUUUGUUUGUCGGAAAAAGAAAGUGUAUAAGAAGGGUAGAGAAACACAGUUUGGGAGGGGUGAGGAGAAGGGUGUAGAUAAAAAACAAGGAAUUAUAAUGGGGUUAAAACAUGGUUCAUUCUUUUGUAGUCAGUCAUAAUGAGUCAUUGAACUGUAAAAAAUUC